CCCACCCGUAGUGACUAGAGUAUCGUUAAACGCGUCGCGUCCCCUCUCCCCACCACCGCCCACACCCACGACCACCAUGCCGACCGCACCCCCGCCCAACAGCACCACGACCGCGACCACCGCGCCCCCGGCCCCCUCUACGAAUGAAAAGCGGCGGCCCGCCACACACGCGCCCCCGGCGCUCGAAGCGCAGACCUCGACGGGCUCCGUCAACUCCAACGGCCUGCACGCGCACGAGGGGAUCGAGGGCAUGGGCUGGGACACACUACCGCUCUCGGUUCUGCACAGCUACCGCACCGCAUACCACCUGUCCGUCCCGUCCGCGUCGGAACCCUACCGGAACAUGGUGCUCAACGCCGGCGUGGGCCGGCGGAGUCCGGCGGGACGGGGGGGCGGCGGCCGCGGAAGGGUCGCGAGGGAGGUGCUCGCUACCGCCGUGAGGAAGAAUUUUAAUGCGCAGCCGAUCGUCGAGAACGAGGUCAUCGUUAAUUUUCUGUACUCGGUCAAAAACCAAGAUAAGAAGUUUCGAUUGAGGUUCCCGCCGCAGAAAUAGCGGAGGGAUGGGAGUUUGGAGUUUGGAGUUUCGUUUCGUUUCUUCUGUGGAUGUCUGAGAGCAGUGGAAUUACCCGUGUUGAUGGGGCCCGAGUGUAUGGUGUAUAUAUGAGGAUGUGAAUUGUAUUGAUAUCCUUCCUGCUUGCUGCUUCUAAGGCUUGGACUGAGGGGGUUUUCGCGAAGGCAUGUUUGAGCUAUGCUAGAGCUCAUAGAUAGGCCGCGUGAGGGUGAAUAGUUCAUCGGAUCUCACACUAUCCGUAGCCGGUUGUCGAGUGAUCAUGACAGUAUAUCUGGGUCGGCAAUCACCCCAGGCUCAUCCGUAACCGUUUCAGCAAUGUUUCUCAGGCUUAAAAGUACACCCUUCUACAG